AUGGUCAGGCGUCUUAUAAUGUCGUCUGCUCCAUCAUCACACUACUCUUGCUUUUUAUACUGUAAGAGAAAAGGAAAGGGUAAAGGAAAAGGAACGGAUAAAGUAAAUGAAGUUGCUGAUGACACCGUGGACGAAAAUGACGGUAAUGUGGAUUCAGAUGACGAGAGCACGAUAUGUUUAGAAUGCACUGAAUCCUACGCCGAUAGUGUUCCUGGCGAACAAUGGAUUCAGUGCAUAACUUCCUCCUCCAUUUUGCCGCGUUUCAAUCCCGGCGCGCGAAUAACGUUCGCCGGUGGCGCCACAACGGCGGGCGGCGGCAUAUUCGCAGCAUUGCCCGCCGUGCCAGCCGGAAUGAAGCCGGCUUCCAUCAUCUGCUACGCAUUGCCGCCACCCAACAACAGAUGGCGUUGUACGCUACUAUGUCCGUAA